AUGAAAUCUUUUGUCCUGCCUUCGCUCCAGCCAGCGGCAAAGAAGGCUGUGGGGGGCUCGCAGGUGUCGUUGCCAUCACUGCCGUCAGCUGACCUCACAGCGACACCUUCGAGCCUUGCAUUCCCAUUCAUUGUCAAGGGUCGGCGGCUGCAGGAGCUGAGGCGCAUGGAAGCAAAGGCUGCGGCACUCGAGCUGGCGGUGAAGAAACAGCAGCUCGAGCGACUGGAGUCCGAAGUCCGCGGCGCCAUAUGCGGUCGGGAGCACGAGAAGCGCUACCAGCUCCUCUGGCACUACCAGAAGGCAAAGUCAGAUGUGGAGCGGAGGAUGGCUGUGACGGAGGCGAAGGCGCUGGCGUUGCAGCGGUCACAAUACAUGCGGGGUGUGCGUGAUUACAAGGAGCGUGGCCAGUUGCUACACCUUGAGACAGUCGCGCGGGCUCAGCUGGUGAUUGAAGAGACGGAUGCGCGGAGUCAUGCGGUGUCGCUGCUGGAGCUGAAAUUGCUCGAGGAACGACGCCGGCAGGCUGCACUGGAGGUGGACACGGCGGCGCGUCUUUCUGAGGACGUAAAGGGGAUACGUGACUGGGAGUCGCGCAUCGCAGUAAUGUCGUUUCGCCUUGCCGAGGCAUUCUCACCCACAACGCAACUUCGCUCCCCUCGCAACGUAGGCACCGGUGGCUACCGUGGAAGAACAGAUCUCCUCAUGGACUACACGGUCUGUGAAGAGGAGAGGAGGCUCCGAUGGAGGCUCAUUUUGGAGGAACGCGUACUCCGCGAGCCGUUGGAGUGGCAGCACGGUGCGGCACAGCUUCAAUUUGUGGAGGAAGCGCAGGCGCGAGCAGCAAUUGAGGCAGCGUGUCUCUUUGGGGCCUGUCAAGCUCGGUUGAGUGCAGUAGUGCGGAUUCAGCGGUGGUGGCGCAUGCUUUGCGUUACCGCGUGGAGCGAGCGAAAACGGCGGCAACUUAAGGAAAGUGUGACCCAAAUACGGAGCCGAAUGACGUCGCGCGACUACCUUGCUCUUCUGGGCCGGUUGGAGCGACAGGCAGGGGCGACCGUUGCCUUAGUGUCGUUGGAGGAGCUACAGAAGGCCAUGACAGCCAUUGAACGGGCGGCCGAGAUGGCAUAUCAAAACACAUUUGAUUAUUUUAUUUACACCUUGAUGAAUCGUGCGGCAAACCUGCAAGAAACGGAGGCACACGAUCUUUGCGAUUACCCACUGAUGAAGGAUGAUGGCAUGGCGAUCAUUCGGCCUGUGUCAAGGCUCCUCUCUGUACCAUAUCGCCUGUACGUCCGUCAGCAACCACAGCUGCCGUAUCCCCAGUGGCGAGCGCUGCGGUGGGUAGAAGGAUCUGCCAUGUUCAUUCAACAGGUACGGCUGCUUGAGAAGGCCGAGGCUGAAGCGCGGGCGCGUCUAUGGGCGCAGAAGGACAAGGAAUUUGACACGCUUCAGCUGUAUAGCGCGCUGCUGAAGCAGGGAGCCUGGACCUGGCGCUCGCUCUACACCGAGAUUCUCUGUAUUGGGGAAGAGGAAAACAUGUGUCGGGGCCUUCUGCAUGUGUUUGAGGAUAACUGUCGCGGCGUGUUGAAGGCGGAGGCGGAAGUGUCCGUGUCGAAUUGCAUCGCAGCGGAGGGGGGACGGUGGCGGUUACUGAAUGACGAGUCACAACUGCGACACGAACUCGUUGCAGAGGAGAGAGACGCAUUCUUCCACCUCACGGAGGACGAGUGGCGGUGGAACAAUCUCGUGCGGCUGCGCACAAAACUGCAGCAUUCCUGCGGUGGAAGGCCGCGGUGGGGGAUUGCACCAAAUCAUGACAUGGAUCGAAAGUACCUUUCGCUGGACACGACGGCGCGAAUCAUUCAACGCUUCUUUCGCUUCACGUUCGCCUGUAAGUCGCUUACAGGCGAACGUGAAGCGAAGCGGGCCAUACGGUUGGAAGAGGAGAUGCAACUCAAGACAACGGCUGCCGCGAUGGUGAAGUUGCUGGAGGCGCAGCACCGCCAGGAGGACGAAGAAAAAUUGCAGUGGGCCGCUACAAAGUGCCCCGUUGGGAGCGCUGACGAUGGUGCAGGGUCUUGCUUUGAAACGGCGGUGAGUUUGUUCUGUGACUGGUUUGAUGAAAGAACCCAGGAACCGAUGGAGCUGCAGUACAAGGCGAUCGUCGCACGGUUCAUGCAGGCAAACCGGGAAACAUGCAGGCACAUGCGUAUUUUGUUUGCAGUUGCGCGGGACGGGCGCCAGCGGAUUGAGGAGGAGGAGACGGUGGCGUGGGGCGCACUUCACCACACCAGUGUAUUUGCCGUCAUCGCAAUCGACGCGCUUGAGCGGCAGGAAGUGGUGCAACGUGAGCGUCUUGAACGCGUCGCAGCGGAGGCGAGAUCUCAGUGGCCUGGGCGGGUCGCAUUUCUUGCUGGACUCGUACGCCACACCACCACCGCCGUCGCCGCUACGAGGAACCAUAAAAAUACGAUGCUGCGUCUGCUCCGCAGCGGCCACGUUGAGCGACUUGUGAGCCGCGAGGAGGUAGUUCGCAUGCGGCUGAUUGUGGAGGAACGGCGUGAACGUGGCGAUGCCUUGCUGUCGCUUCGCACCACGUUGUGCGUUAACACGCUACGGGAAGAGCAGCAGGAAUGGUCGGCGCUGUGCGACCACAUUGACAAGUGCUGGAGCGCCCACGCUCCUCUCGGGCUGCUGGUGAAGGCGGAGGCGGUAGCGCGGCGCGGGUUGGAGUCAUGGGCGUACAGGGCGUACGACGCGAUGCUGACCCGCAUGUGUGCCAUUUACGCCCAGCAGCUUCUUUUCCAGCAGUUUCUUUGUGGGCAUUUGAUCUUUGAAAGCGAGGCACGGCACUUUGACAGGCGGCUGACGGAGUUGCUAUCGCAGCGCGUAGGGUCUCUCGACACCAAACUCGACGAACUGGUGGCCGCAGAGACAUGUGCCCGUGCGCGGGUGGAGUAUUUUGAGGCGACACACCGAAGCGUUUAUUUCUGUCCAGAUGACGUAGCGUGA